AUGAUCUUGUGCUCGGUGCUCAGCACAGCCUGGGAUGGCUGCCUGGCCGCCUCUCUGGGGCAGCCCACCCUGUUCAGUGGGUUGCUGGAUCUGGCCUGGGGCCGACACCGGGUGCAGCAGAACGUGACGUAUGAGGUUCCUGAGACUCUUGGGCCCUGCCCUUGGUAUCCCAGCGCAGUCCUUCCUGGAGUCCUGGCAGCAGCUGUGACAGGCCCCUGCACGGGGAUUCUGGCUCUGCCACUUCGGGGUGGAGGACACAGAACCGGCAGGAGCCGUGUGGCCCGGGGCCCUCCUGUCUCUGGGGAACACAGCCUGGGCUGUGGGCAGCUCCUGCUCCAUUCCCACUGGCAGCUGGGCCCCGCUGCACACGCGGACCCUGGCCUGAACCUCAGCCUGAUGCUCUGCAACCACAGCAGGCCCCGUGUACCAGCUUCUCCGCGGAGUUGGAGGGGUCCACAGGCCUACAGACUGUAUGACUGCUCCCUGGCUGGGGACAGCUGUCCGGACUUGGAUUUGUCCCCUGCCAAGAUGAGGCGGGAUGUGCCCAGGAUCGAGCUGACCGGUGAGGACGGCGUCUCAGCCUCCUGUGAUGUGCAAGCUGGCUUCUGUGGCCUGACCCUGGGCCUGUGGCACCAUGGUGGGGGGGCACUGCAGGGACCUGGAGAGGACACGGCAGGCAUGCCCAGGACAGCGCUCCACCUGCCAGGCCUUCUUCCAAGACAUCUACUCCAGCCUGGGGACCUGCUUCCGGGUGUCUGAGGUUUGUCUGAGCCAACAGCAAGCUGCCACAGAUUUCAGCGCCUUCACCUUCCACCUGGAUCCCGGCUGUGCAACAAGGUCAAGGCUCUUGGCUGGGACAGAGCAGUUGGCGGGAAAUGCAGAGGACCCUAAGCAGAACUGCAUGCAAUCUGGACACAGGAAAGGAGAGCUGAGGGCUCUGCCUGCCGCCCCCAGCCCCCGUGCUCCCCACUAGCUUGGAUGAUGCCCAUCUUCCCUAGGGGGCAGCUGCCCAGGGGUCCGACCUCUGCACAGGAGGCCUCCCUGCGCCUGCCAAGAUCCGUACACUCAUUCAACAGCAAUUUCCGCAGCCGAGCCUUGGGCUGGCCACCCUGGGUAGACACAAAGCAGGGCUCUCCCCGCUGCUUGGCACUGGCUUCCCCUGCCCGCUCCAGGGCCCUGUAAACCCCGAGUUCCCUUGAGGGGAACCCAUGGUCUUAGACCCUUCCAUCAGAAGCCUAGAAGUAAAUGCUUUGGGGCUGGGAGAGCCCUCUUUUCAAGGGGACUUGGCUACCUGGGUGUGUUCCAAGUUUUCCACUUUCUUUUCAGGAGCAGGCUUUUCUAUGGAGUUUUCAACUGAGAAAUAAAACUGGCAGAAUCCAAAGGUGUGUGGGCUGGCUUGCUGGGGCUGACUGCAAGCAAGGGAAGGGGAUAGUGGGUGGCUGUGAAAGCUAUCCACCAGUAGAGGGUGCCCCCGAGCCCUCUCUACUGUACGUGGAGCCUUUAUUUCUUUUGGUAAAUGAUGUCUCUGAGCUGCAUUGCCAGGCCUGUACCAAGCCUUUGACUGGAGCUGCUAAGGUCCGGAUUCCAGUGCAAAGUGCAAACUGCACAAAGGGCAGAUGCGAGAAGCACUUGUGCCUGGCCUCCCACACAUCAAUCACAGCGGGUGCUGGGUGGCCCGGGAAGAGGAGGCCACGCGUGCUGCACAUUGCCAUACCCUCGGGGGAGCGGUGGGCUGCGCUGCUGUCACCUGCCUUGUCCUCAGCUCCAGCCCAAAGACUCCAGAUCCAGCAACUGCUCCGGGUGCUCUGCGGAUGCCCAACCUUUUCUUAGACCUUCUAAUGGCUCAAUGAGAAAUGUGUGUUCCCCAUUUAAGAAAAGAACAGGCAGAGGUGCAGAGAGCCCAGG